AUGACGGGAAACCCAAAGAACGACCAAGUCCCAGCCGUCGAAAAUAUCAUUAUCGCAGCUGAUCAUGGCCGACUCGACCUCGUCACCAAGCUCCUAGAGAGCGGAGUCGAUCCGAACACGGUAGACGAGAUCGGAACCUCGGCACUUCACAAUGCAGCGAAAAGGGGCCAUUGGCAUAUCGCCCGUCUUCUCCUAGAGAAGAAUGCAUCGCCCACGCUUCAAGAUGGGAACAAUUCAAUUCCACUCCAUCUUGCCAUCCGUGCCGGACAUAAGCAGAUUGUCCGGCUACUGCUUGAAUGUGAUCCGUCCAUGUGCGAGUUCAAGGAGAAUGAACUAUAUUCGCCAAUUCGCAUUGCCGCGCACUUUGGUAAUGCAGAGAUUGUGCAAAAUCUCCUGGAUUGCAGCGCCAUCACCCUUGGUAAAUCGGGACAAUGGACGGCGCUACAUUCGGCGGCUUUGAAGGGCCAUGAUGAAAUCUGUGAUAUACUCUUGAAACACGAUAAGAGUUUGACGCGAACAUUUUGGGAGCGAAUGACGGGUCCCAGUUUACAAGUUGAUUCGAAGUUGUACGAUGGGAAAACACCCUUUGUAUACGCGGUGGAAAAGAAUCAUAACCGGACCGUCGAGGUGUUUCUACGUCAUUACCCGGAACUGGUGAAGAGUAUCGAUGGCAAUUUCAAUAAAUGGCUGCUUUUCCAUCGGGCUAUUGAGUUCAAACAGAUUGAUAUGGUUCGGAUAUUUUUGCGACAUGGUGCGGAUCUCGAGAUGAGGGAUAGCUACGGGAAGGGGGCGUUGCAUUUGGCGGUUGCUGGGGGGGAUACGGAGUUGAUUCAGCUGAUCCUUGAUCAUGGUGCCGUUGUUGAUGCGAAGGAUAAGAGUGGGUUUACCCCUGAGACUAUGACGGGGGAUCCAAAGAUCAGGAUGAUAUUGCGCAACCAUGCUAGAGCGAAGUCAAAGAGUACGUUGCCGGCGGUAGCGCCGGUCGUAUCAGCUCCGCCGCCUGAGUAUAAGGCGUGA